CUACUGCCGGGGGUCAUUGAACCCAGAGACUGUUCGCGAUAUCAUGUUAUACAUGUGCACAACAAGAUUUGAUAUCAAGGAGGAGCAGCGGCUGAUUCUCCAAGAGUAUCUUUUAGACCAUGAGAUGGCCGCUUCAGCUGAAGCACUUGAUGUCCAGACACAUGCUUUCAAGGCUAUUAGUGAUGAUGAGGAGGAUGUCAAGAUAUGUCUUGAUACACCGGCUGCGACAUCAAUUAUGCAGGCAACCCCGGAUGUACCGCCACUCUCAGCAGUCACCGCUGGAAAGCGGCCUGCAGUUACUUCUGACAAUGAGGAAGACUCUAAUGCUGAUGAAUUUGCGGAUCCAGAUAAGAACAGGGCAUCACCCUCCCCUGACUUCCCUGAUACGCAGCAUCGUGUAUCAGGUAGAAUACGGAAGAAGUUGAGACUACUGGAUGGGUAUAUAGCUUGAUUACUUCACUCUUGACUCUUCAGAACCAUAACCAGACACUGUACUAUAGAUAUAAUGUAAAC